AUGUUAGCACAGUUUUAUGAUGUCGAGCAGUGGCUAUUACAAGUUAGUGCAAUUUCUGCAUCACCUCUCGAAAAAAGUUCCUUUGCGAAACAGAGUAUCAUCAACCCAAACCACAACAUUCGAACUCCUUACACUUGUUCAAUUCCACCUCACAUCAUCAUCAUGCAUUUCGUUCGUCGUGCCGCAGCUCGCGCUGCCUCAUCCGCCUCCUCCUCCCUCAUCUCCCAAUCUCGCGCCAUCAACACAAGUUCUCCUUCAUUCCUCCUCAGGUCGAAGUUCCAGGCUACCAGCAUUGCUCCAUCUGCUUUCCGAAAAUACAGCAAUGAUGUAGCUCCAGCUGCUGAUAAUGAACAAUCUGCCGUCAAGCAAGCUACUGAGUCUGCCUUUGGCGAUGAAGGUUCUGACUUUGGAGAGAACCCCUCUGCUUACGGCGAGAGAGCCCCACGGGAACAACAAGACCGGUCAUCUUUUGAUAGAGGAGGAUACCGAGGUGGACGUGACGAUCGCCGUCAAGCCGCUCCUCGCCCUCCCCGAGAUGACCUCACCCUUGAGCCUACCGAUACUGUCUACGUGGGCAACCUCCUCUUCGAGGUUACCGGUGCCGAUCUCGAGAGAGAAUUUGGUGAAUUUGGUACCGUCAAGUCUGCGACUAUUGCCACUGACGCUCGCCAAUUGAGUAAAGGUUUUGGUUACGUCCAGUUCGAAAAUGUCGAGCAAGCAAAGGCUGCUAUUGAAGCCAAGCAUGAGACUCAAUUUGAAGGACGCCGCAUGAUCGUCAACUAUAUGGCCAAGAGAACCAACACUGGUGCUAGAAAUCCACCUGCAAAGACCCUGUUCAUCGGAAACCUUGCCUUUGAGAUGUCGGACAAAGAUCUCAAUAACCUCUUCCGCGAUGUUCGAAAUGUUGUCGAUGUCCGCGUCGCCAUUGACAGACGUACUGGACAACCAAGAGGUUUCGCACACGCAGACUUCACCGAUAUGGAGAGUGCUGUCAAGGGAUUUGAGGCUCUCAACGGAAAGGAGGUGUAUGGCCGAACCUUGAGACUCGAUUACAGUUCUGACGCGAGAGAACCAAGAAGACCUCGCAGCGAUUCAGGUGAGGGACGCUAUUAG